UGGCGCUGAGUGUUUGCAUCGUUGGACCGGUCGGUUGUGCUUGCCGGCGGCACAAGGUUCAAUGAACAAGGGACCCACUGACUGGCUAUCAAGUACGAAAUAAAUGAAAUAAUUCAUGGCACAACGUAGGCCCGUGAUCUAUAAAAGUCGCUGAACCAACGGUUUUGAGCACCAGUUCCGCACCGAUCAUUGUGACGUCGCCAUAGCUUCUGGAUCCAGCAAAGCACCGUACGAUGAAACUGUUCGCUAUUAUUUUGGCCCUCGGCGCUGUGGUCAGCGCAGAGUUCGUAGUGCAGACGCGGGAUGAUCUCCUCAAGUACCGUGGCGAGUGCGUGAAGUCGCUCGGUGUGUCGGAUGAGCUGGUAGAGAAGUAUAAAUCGUGGAACUUCCCGGAAGAUGACACCACCCAGUGCUACAUCAAAUGCAUCUUCAACAAGAUGCAACUGUUUGACGACACCAACGGUCCGAACGUGGAAAACCUGGUCCAACAGUUGGCGCACGGCCGGGACGCCGAAGAAGUUCGCGGCGAGAUCAACAAGUGCACCGGUAGCAACACCGAUGGCAACAUCUGUCACUGGGCAUUCCGUGGCUUCCAGUGCUUCCAGAAGAACAACCUGUCGCUGAUUAAGGCCAGUGUGAAGAAAGAUUGAAUCCUCUUGACACGUACUCUUCCUCCCACCCCCAAAAGGCAGCUUGAUGGCGGUGGUGCGCAACCGGUGUUCGGAAACAGAAUAAAGUGAUGUUUUGUUGCAGUAAA